GAAUUUUCACCGUCAAAAUCGAGGCAAAACAAACGGACACGCGAGUUUGGAUUAUAUUGCAACUGCAAUGUCUAAAUAAAAGUGCAUAAAUUAAAGCGGUUGCAUAAUAUAUUUUACCGCGUAGUAAAUAAAAGAAGUACGUAAUCAGCAGUGUUUAACGGCGACUUUGUCCUUUUCUCCAUCCACCGUGAUCUAAAUCCCACCCAACCCAAAACACAUAACAUAACAACAAUAAAUAGAUCGAUCAUAAUUUUGUUCUUCUUUUUCAACCUUCAUUCUUCUCCCCUUUCUUAAACCAAUCCACUUCACUUCCCUCUUUUCAAUCCCAGAUCUGCUUCAAAUCUGCUGAAGCAUAAAAAAUAAUGGGUGAUUUUUCGGGUCCUGAUUUAAUCAGUGACCUUCCACAAAGCAUUAUAGAGACAAUUUUGAUACAACUUCCUAUAAGAGAUGCUGUUAGAACAAGCAUUUUGUCGCGAAAGUGGAGGUAUAAAUGGUCGACAAUUACUCAGCUUGUUUUCGAUGAAAAAUGUUACCCUAAUUGUCACGAUCGAGAAGCUGUUCAGAAAAGUGUUGUUGAGUUUAUUACUAGAUUGUUGUUUCUUCAUCAAGGACCAAUUCAUAAGUUUCAAAUAGUUAAUACAAGUUUGCAGAAUUGCUCUGCUAUAAAUCAGUGGAUUCUUUUCCUUUCGAGGAAUGAUAUUAAGGAUUUGGAUCUUGAAUUAGCAGAAGGUGGUGAAUUCUUUAGAAUGCCUUCGUGUUUUUUCGGUUGUGAGAAAUUGACUCGAUUGGAGCUCUCGCGUUGCGAGUUGGAUCCGCCUGCUAGUUUUAAGGGAUUUUCGUGUUUAAAGAGCCUCAAUCUUCAUCAGGUUUUGAUAUCCCCAGAAGCAAUUGAAAGCCUCAUUUCAAGUUGCCCUUUAUUGGAGAGUUUAUCACUGUCAUACUUCGAUUGUUUAGCUCUUACUGUCUGCGCUCCAAACCUCAAGUACUUGUGUCUUGAAGGCGAAUUCAAGGAAAUUUGUCUUGUAGAUACUCCACUUUUGGUUGAAUUAUCUGUUGCUAUGUAUAUGACUGACGAUGUUGCCGAGCACAUGGAGCAAAGUUCAACUUGCAAUUUUGUCAAGUUUCUUGGUGGUGUGCCUAAUCUUGAGAGGCUUGUUGGUCUUAUUGACUUCACAAAGUAUUUGAGCAUAGGUAAUGACCUAGGGCGUCUUUCUAUAAUGUACAACAAUUUGGAGACUAUUGAAAUGUAUCAAGUAAGUUUUGAGGAUAUGAAAGAGAUACUUGUAGUCCUUCGCUUGAUUACAAGCUCUCCUAAUCUAAAGGAACUUCACAUUUCGGGUUCAUCAAACAUAUCAGCUGCCACAUAUGCUGCAGGUUUUGAAUUUUGGGAAAAAGAAUGCCCUACAGACUCUAUACUUAGUCAGCUUAAAGUUGUGAAGUUGACAGAAAUGAGUGGUGUGCCGCAUGAGAUAGAAUUUAUCAAAUUUCUGCUUGGCUGUUCACCUGCGCUGGAGACGAUGAGUAUCAUUCCUUCUAUGUAUGAUUUGGAAUGUCAAUUGAAAAUGUUGGUCGAAUUGAUGAAAUUUCGAAGAGCUUCUACUAAAGCAGAAAUUUAUUUCAUCCGCGGAGAUUAAAAUGGGAUGCAAGUUCUUUCAAAAUAAAAUGAUUUAACUCGUUGCAGGUGUUUUGCUUGUCCUCGGAAUUUUAUGGAAUAUGCUGAGAGUUACUUGCCUACCACAGUCCUGCAUUUGGUGUAUUGCAGCAUAAGUUAUUUGAUGUUUUUCAUAAAAUAAUGAUAAUGAUGUUUAAACCUACAAUUGUUUAAUGCUGGCGACUUUGUUUAAGGAGCUUAUUUCUUAUACCUUGCAAUGGUUCAUAUAUGUUCAUGGAUAAUAUGAGAAUGGCCACAUGAGUACCAGUGUGUCCAGUUUAUUUCA